AUGAUUCACAAAUCCCACGCCACAUCCCAAAGGUCCUUCAGGUGCCACGUGUGCGGCAAAGUGUUCGGCCAAAAGGGCCAUCUGCUGAUUCACAACAAUGUCCACGCGGAGGUGAGGCCCUUCGGAUGCGACACCUGUGGCAGGCGCUUCACUCAGAAGGGGAACCUCCUUCGGCACUCGCUGUUGCACACCAACGAAAAGCCCUUCGGAUGCGGCAUCUGCAGGAAGUUCUUCGUGCAAAAGGCUCAUUUGGUGAAGCACGUCGUGGUGCACAGGCAGAGGCUGGCUGCCCUUAGAAGUAGUCGGCGGAGGGAGGCGUCCGAGCGAUGGUCUUCCGCUGAGGCCAAGGAGACCUCCCUCAGGUGCAAGGUCUGCGGAUUGCAGUUCAGGCGGAUCUCCAAGCUGAUGGAACACCUGAAGGUCCAGCAUAGGGAAAUAAGGCGCUAA